AUGGAGCAUUCCUCUUUAGAUUUAAGUAUAGUUAAGAAGGAGCCGGGAUUUGGCGAGCCAUUUUCCCCAGAAUCUGGCUUGUUCGACAACAUGAUGUCUGAAGACUUCCACGAUACAACCUUUCAUUCUAUGGUUAGUAAAGUUUCAUUCAUUGCAUAGCGUAGUAAAACUCUUUCACGUUACAACUCUUGCCAUGCCGUCGAUGAUAUUUCUGUUCACUAGCUGAGGAUUUGUCUGCUCUUUAACGUAGCACCAAGCCAAUGAAGACGUUCCUGUUGACUGGCUCUCAGGUUUUUUCGACGAAGUUCCUACCUGUGCUGAAACCUUGAGCUACAACAGUUUGCCGGAGUACACUUCAAGUAGUUUACCGUACACAUCACUGGGGAAAUCACACUAUCUGAGUCUGAAUGGUCUUAGUAUGGACACAAUGCCAAGUUUUCCUGAGGAAUGCUCCAAUGAGUCUCUGUAUUGCUCAACGCCUUCUGACUCUACACCAGAUUACAAACCCCUUUCUCCAGAGUCCACACAUUCAUUAGAAGCCGACGUAAAGCCAAAUUUAUUUAGCAAAGACGUUCUACUUGAACCUCACGAAAGUUUUUCUCCAUCGAUGAACCAUCGACUAGAACCGCCUGAGUUACAGCUGUUUGAGCAGACCGAUGGAUCUAAAAGUUCGCCGGAAUCACCACAUUCCGAGAACGGCUCCGACCGCCUCGACAGCGAAUCCGGUAGGUCACGACAUUGUUUUCCUCUCUUCUGAGGUUUCAGAGUUUCAUUUAUUUCUCUUUUCCGUCUAAGCAGCUUAUGAUCACCAUAUAAACAACAAGACAUGAGGAAGGCAUUAAAUUUUUAUCCGGUGUUGGUAAAUACUCAUGUCUUUGUUUCACAUGGCCAGAACUACCAUUGUUUGUGUGACUUUCUGCGACAGUCGAUUGAAUGGGUAUCGUUUCCGGAAAUCGAACGAAAUGUACCAACGAAAUAAACGAGAGCAAACCUUUGUCGAUUUCCUGCUAUAUGCAAGCUUACCGAAACGGAUAAACAUCCCUGGGAAUAAAUUUCUAAGACAUGAGUGAUUCAACAGGUAAAGUUUCAUCAAAGCUUCUUCUUCUUAGAGAAUUGAUCUUUGUACCGUGCACUCCUGGCAGGAAAGAAAGUAUCAAUUUUCCGUAUUAAGAAUUCCGCUAUCUAGAGCAUCCUGUUUUUAUACACGAAAACAAGUUGUCUCUGUUGGGAUUAUAUUUUUUGGUGGCUACGGCAUUAAAAGCUAGUCACAAUUUCUUUAAUCCAGGUUGUUUGCGAGGAAUUUUUGACGGUUGACUAAAAUUCCAUGGGAACAAUUUCGCCGGCGACCAAAAGAGUUGCGAAACUUAAAAAUGAAGGAGUAUUCCCUCUAACAUGAUGAUUUUAGCGUAACAGUGCUGAAAACUUUGAGUUAUUUUAAUUGUGAUGCCUUGACCGGUUUUCUUUUCUAUACAAUGAGAAGACAGUUGUUGAAAUGGUUCGGGAAAAGUGUGUUUAAAUCUAGACAAUUCUAUAUAUUUUUCGUUUCCAAGGUUUUGCUUUCUUCUUGUUCGUUUCUCCUUGAAAUUUAUGCAAGAUCGAAUAUUUUGAACACACCAUGUGUCCUUUUUGAAUGUUGAGCUGAAUUCUUAAUAUUGAAUCAGCUGUGUAUACUUUGCUGUUUGACAAAAAUGUGAGAAACUUUAUGUUUAUGUAUAAUUUUUGAAUCAUUUUAAAUAAUUUUUUCUUCUUCUGAAUUUUGUCGGAGAAUUUUGUCCUGGAUAAUUUGUACGUGUAUUUGUAAACUUUAUAAAUAGUUAAGUUUUCUUGUAAGUUGUACCACAGGCCGUGGACGUGUUUAUAAGAACUAUUAAUUGUUAUAAUUCUUACCAGUGUACACAACACACAAGUUGGUCACUGAUGGUUUUACCACAUUUUUCAUGUUCAAAUGGUAACUCUAAAAACCAAUGAAAUGCUUGGAAAUGUGUAUUUUAGGGGUGCUUAUGGGGUUACUGCUGUAAGUUCUUAACAUCGCUGUCUUGCUUAAGCAAAUCAGAGCAGCAGUACGGUUAGGCUGGAUUUGUAAGAAACAAUACACGUAUAGUUUUGAUUAGGUGUAGCGUUCAUCAGUGGUAGUAUUAGUAGUAAACUUUAUUUCAACUCGGAUUGAAAGAGAGUGAAAGAAAGUGAAAGCUGAAAGAGAGUUCUUGGAGUCUUAAUAGGGUACGAAAUUCAUAAAUACUAUCCAAGAAUCAUCUUCAGGACUCAAAAAUAGGCUUGUCACCAAAAAUUUGAAGGCACUGUGUGGAUGCAAUGUUAUUAGUACCAUAUUUUAUUUGGGAAUUGAACAGUCUGGAAAUUCUUUUGGUUCUUUUUUUCCUUUUUGUUCUAGCCUGUUCCAGGCUCCAAGAUAGUAGGGGGAGCAGAUCGAGAAAAGAUGUUUGAAGGGGAGCCUGUAAACUCUGCUUCCCUUGUAUACCCUACGUGUAUCAUCUGAUAGUUUAAAUCGACACUACCCACCUACUAUUCAUUCGUAUGCACUGAGGAAGAGCCUGGCAUAGACUGUUUUGUUUCCUAUUAAAAUUGUGUGUGGAAAAUCACCAGCCCUCAGCCCUUGGUGACAGCAUCAGUGAAGCUUAAUUCACUAAGUAGCCCUUGAUGAAUUUAUAACAUUGACCGCCUCAUGAUCACUUAUUUUUGGACAGACUUUGUCUUCCUGUGGGUCAUAACCACCUGACUGGUCGUCCCUGUUGUGAAAUGUGAAUAAGAUUUUAAAAGACGUCUUGAUAAGAGGUUGUCAUUAGAUUUAAUUAUUAUUAUUGUCAGUUAUUUACUUAACUUAGAUAGAACCUGGUCAAUUUGCAUGCAACAGUGCGUGUUCAUCUGAUUGCAUUUACCUAAAGACAGCCUAAAUGUUUAUACUUUUUAUUGUCUUUUGUGGGAUCCUAACUAUGGUAGUAUAAGAGAGAGCUUUAGAUUCAAAGACGAGGAAGCUUCACCCUGAAACUUCAUUGUACUUUGCUUCACCACAAAAGUUGGUACACUUUUUUCGAUUUAAGGACGUUAAGCCCUCUCCCGAUAGCUAAAUGAUAAAAUUUUCACCAUUUUGAUAACUUGUUAUUGCCACUACAACAUUCCCGCUAAAACUCGUGGUAGAAUGAUAAUGGCUAUUAGGUUUUCUUGCCAAAAUGACGCUGGCUCACACGUGAGCACUACUUAGCAUUGAGAAAAUCCCGUUCUUGUAUUUGUCAUCAUCUUAGAAUCUAGUGGUCUCCAAUGACAUUAUUAGUACAAGUUUUUAGUAUUUCCAACAUGAAUGUUCCGUGCAAAGACACUCCAUCAUGCAAUGUUGCAUUGUUAUAAAGGCUUAAUCCUGUUGUGCAAAUUGUCCACUUAUGACUGUUUCCCCCUCCUUUUCUUUAUUCAGCUUCUGGUGAUGGGUAUUUUUAUCCCGCGCUGCCUAUCCAAUCAGAAUACGCUACAAUCAGAGCAUGUAGAACUUACAGUAAGCAUUCUUAAAAGCUAAACCUUAAAACAUAACUCCAUAAAGAGGCCAGGUCACACAAUCUGAUACAAUUUUUACACUUGCCAACAGCAAGUGUAAAUUGUAAAAUUGGCUGCACUUGAAAGAAGUACAACCAACAGAGUGAAAAGUGAUAGUCAAAACAGACUACAGGUUGUAUCUCCUUUGCUCAGAUUGCAUAAAUGUGUGAUUUACAAUGAUGUAUACACCUGUAUGGGAGCUACUGCUAUAUCUUUGGUUGUGACUGUGGUUUUGUUAUUAACAGAAUUUUGUUUUGGUGGAUAGCAGAAAAUAGACUAAAUCAACUGUGACGUAGCCUCUUACUGUGUAGUGCUUAUGAAUUUUUCUGUUAAUUCUUCUAAAAAUAAAUGUCAUUAUCUUGUAACUUACCAUGUAAUUUACUAUGUGACUAGAGAAACCUAAACCUUUUUUUUGAGCUGUUAAUGAAUUUGCAUGAAUUCUCUACUAAGACCUUAUGAUCAGCCCUUUUUCCUAGAGCUUACAGAGUGAGAUGCGUAAAUUUUCUCGUUAAUUUUUUUUAUCUGAGGUCAAUUUUUCUUUUUCUUUUGUUUUUAGGUAUGGUAAUGUAUGCUAACGAAGUUGAGACAAAGGAAAAAAUAAAAAUUACCUGAGAUAAAAAAUUAACUACAACAUAAACUUGAGAUACCCAGGUUUAUGAAAAUCUUAAAUUAAAUUUUGUAGAAAACAAGUAACACCACUGUGUAGCUGUACAUGUACAUUUCAAGCAAACCUUGGCCAAUGUUCGUGUCUUUUUGCCUAAAACUAUUUAAAUCCUAAAGAUUCUAUAAACUAUCAGGUUGUCUUGUUUUAUUAAACCUGAAACCGCUUCCCGUUUCUUUAAUGUGUUUAACUUAUAAAAUACUCAGGUUUAUGAAAUAAUGAAAAAGUACUUGUUAAAAAGUGCCACUUCCUUGUAAUAAACACCCGCUUGCAAGGAAGACACAUGGUUCUUCCCAUGAGAUUUUUAUGUAGGCAAAUAUUAUAUAGUAGUUUGUUGUUACAUUACUGCAAAACAAGGAUUUAACAUCACAUCAUUUUGAAUAUGUUACUUAUAAGCCGUAAAAUAAUUAGCACCGGUAAAACCUGUUUUUAUAUUUUUGGGACACAUUCAUUUUCUUCUUUGUUCUCUGAACAGUUUGAUGUCCUUGUUUUGAAGGACAAGACGUCAGCUGUCUUAUUCCUCUGUGCUUUGCAUUUCACAAUGUAGCACUUUUAGGGAUUUAUUCAAAUAUAGUGUGCAGGCCCGGAUUGAUAGUGAUAUCCACUGGAUAGAUGGCUAUCCGGUAGAUAACUAUAAAUGAAACCAUUAUUGCGCUAUCCACUGGAUAGUGACUUAUCUGGUUGAUAGCGCUAUCCAGCUUGUGAACAACUGAGCCCUGAUGUUAUUUACAUAUAUUGAAUCAUUGAGUAAAACUUUAUCACAUGGUUGACAGGACAAAAGUACUACAGUGAUGGUCAUGAUAAAUUUUGUGUUGUCCACAAAAUUUUUCCUUUCUUUUCAGUGCGGGCAAAUAACAUGUUGGCUAUAGGAAUACAAUCUUUUUAGUGAAUUGACCCUGAAUUUCAGAUUGAUUUUUUUUCCUUUACUCACCCUAGCAUGAGAUUAGUGUUGGCCUGUUGCAUUGUGAAAAAGAUGGAAAAUAUACAUGUACCUGUAGUAAUAAUGAAAAAAAAAAUGAAAAACUGUUGUUUAUUUACACUAUAAUUUAUUAUUUAUCUUUUCUUCCAGGUUAUGACUCUGCUUCCCAUUCCCCUCCAUCCUCAUCUAACACGCCACCACACAUUUUAGAAGACAAUGAUAUGUCCGUAUCAAGUGUGAGAGAAACAACUCCACCUGUAAUACAGGUAAAAGCAAUAGGACCCUUGUCAAGUGAACUCCUUAAGGGAAUUGUAACUUGGUAGAAAGUGUCCUGUUUACAUUGUAUGAGAGAUGCAACCCUCUGCAAAUCUCAGAUCAUUAAUUUCAUCGUUUGUACUUUUUUUCUGUAAUCAUCACUUCCCUUGAUUAGUAUGGAACAUAUAACUGCCCCCGUUAAAGCCUUUGCAGGUAAUAAACAAGUUAUCUUCAGUGAUGCAUACCUUAUCCUUCUUUUGUGUUCUUCAUUAAUUUGGUCAGAAUCUGUCCCAGAGUAAGAUUGAUUAACAUAUACCAUUUUACUCUUGUCAUUUAUUUUGCUUGCAAGUACUACCUGCUUUACCUAAAUGGUUGCUGGCUAACUGCAUACAGAGAAAUUUUAAUUAAGUGAAAUCAUGGCAAUAAAUGAUUUGUUGUUGUUGGUGGUGCUUUUUAGUAAUUCAUUUCUUUUUUUGCUUAAAGCAUCACCAAGAAAAACAGCCAUUUUAUUUAACUGAAGAAGAAAGAAGAACUCUUGUAGCAGAAGGUUUACCUGUACCAACUGGUUUGCCUUUAACUAAGGUAUGCACUAAGACGCAAGUCUUUUGGUAAAAUAAUUGUAUCCUUUAUUGUGUCUCUUUUUUCUAUCUUUAUUGUAUGAAAUUACUAAGUAGUGGCUGGUUGUUGAACUGGGUUACAAUGUCAAAAAAGAAAAGAAAAAGUCAUAAAGACAGUUUAGUGUUGAUCAUGGAAUCCAUCUGUUUAUUAAGGUCUUUAAGGUCCUUUAUUAAGCAAAAAGUACAUGGUAAAAACUAAGAAUACUUACAUUUUGGAAACGUCAAAAGCUAUUAAAAAGCUUUAAGAGUAGAAAAGAGUAGAUAAGUUAUAAUAUUCUAGCAUGCAGUGAUUUUGUCACCACUGCGUCCCUGACAAAUAAAAAUCCUCAAAGAUGCAAAAGUUUUAUAGCAUGUGUUGAAUCAGAAUCAUGCAAAGAUUGAUUAAGGGAACUGAAGUUGUUCUUAAAAGAGAUCCUGUUCAUGACUUGAAAUUUGUGUUAAAACCUACCUUAAGUGAAAGGAGCAAUGCUAUAAAAAUAUUAGUUCUAGGACUGGAGUUUUCCUUGCAAUUAAAUAAUCCAAUAUUAAAUCAUUGGUUUUUAGAUUGGAACUCACUGUUUCUAGACUGGCACUUGUGAUUGUAUACGAUGAGAGUCCUUGGACUUACAACUUCAAAUUGUAACAGUAUCACUCGAUGUGAAAAGUGCAAUUGGUGUGUUUGGUUUGGCAUGUAAAUGGCAUUUAUUUCUUUUUGAUGACAGUUUUGUUUUUGUGGCAGGUUGAAGAAAGAGCCCUGAAAAAAGUUAGAAGAAAGAUAAAGAACAAGGUAUAAUGAUUAAAGCUUUAGUCGCUAAAUCGUUGGUGUAGAUAGUGGUACAGACUAUUCAUUCAUUACAUUGUUGGCAGUUCCCUGAAGGCGUGCAUGAGGAUUCUCUCUGUUAAGUGACAUUUUGUUGUCUACAAAGGCCACAGACUUUGUACCGUGAUGGGAUGCCAAUAACUCUUUUAGAUCCAAUAAUAAUAUUGUUGUUAAAUCUAAUGUCCUGUAAGUCAAUGCUCCCAGGUGUUGCUUAUGGGAUUUGUCCACUUAUGAGAGCUUUGGUUAACUUAUAACAUUGCAAGAAGCGAGAAAGACAAGUUUGAUUUACAUGUAUAUUUUUCAUUGACAUCUAUAAUGAGAAAUCUGAAGACCUGUCCACCAUUCUCUUGUCACAAAUUUAUAUUUUGUCCUCAUGCUAUUAUUCCACCCUGCAACCUUAUUUGUCAAAUAUACCAGCGAAAAAAAAAAAAAAAAAGAGAGAGGGAGACAAAAAAAGAAAAUUAUUGUCUUCUGCUUGUUUCCUUUAUACGAUGUGAAAUCAAGGUAUCUGUGACACAGCCCCUCACAUAUUGUUUUUUUUUUGUGGUUGUUGUCUUUGUUGCCUACUGUCUACCACUUAAAAAGGUCACAAUUGAGUUUUAGCAUCUGACGAUCCUGAUAUUCUGCAUCUAUUUUUUUAAAAUAAUGUAACUUGAACUCUCUACUCUACUCAGAUUUCUGCUCAAGAAAGUAGACGUAAAAAGAAAGAAUACAUGGAAACACUGGAAAAGAGGUAAGCUUGAAAUAGUCAUUCUUGUUAUAAAUGUUGAUUUUGUACACUUAAUUUGCAUCCACAGUUGUGUCAGGUAUACAGCAUAUCUUUUUUUAGUUUUAACGUAAAAAUUAUGUUCUUUCUUUAUCUUUCAGAGUAGAAAAUUGUGCAAGUGAAAAUUUAGAUCUUCGCAAAAAGGUGGACACUUUGGAAACUACAAACCGGUAGGUUCUGGGGCUGAAGCAGCUUAUACUCUGUUCUCUGUCAAUUAUUGUAUCAUGAGUUUUCCUUUGUAAGAAAUGGUGUGAGAUACUUGAAUUGAUGAUGUCCUUGAAAUGAUUUUCUUUAAUUCAGUGCUGGACAUCUGACAAAAUUUCGUAAAUGUCCGACUAAUAUUGCAGUUUGUUCAGACAUAAUGUUCUAGCACUUAAUUGAUUUAGCUCUUGUCUUAGAAGCUUCUUAACAUCCCUGAGUUGAUUUCAAAAACAUUAUGAGUUAAAAACAUUAAAAGAUAAACUUUGCAUUGGAGUUAAAGACUCUCUGUUUUGAUGAAACUUUUAAAACGUCCAUGUAUUCGUCUCGCUAUCCGGCAAAACGAAGCAGCCUUCUUUGUUACGGAAUUACUGGGCUCUAGUUUCCAUCUACUGAAAUCUAAUUUAUGCAUGUGAAAGCACAUGCUUUGAAAACAAAAUGGCUGCCUGUUUCAAUGAUCUGGACGAUGAAGAAAGCUUUGUAAGAUGAACAAGAAAACUUUCCAUGCAAUAUUUUCUCCGCUUUGAACGACAACCUGAAGGAAAGGCAGUGUUCAAAAGUAAAUUUAGUCAUUAAUUGGGAGAGGUGGAAGAAAAAUCUGAAAGCAUGACUGUAUAUACUCGAAUUAGCAGCACUGACAAAUAAGCUUCGCAUUUGAGACAAAAAAGUAACAAAUGCCGUGGCCCCGUUAUAAUCAAAAUCAAAACGUUAAUUCUGUUAGUUUAAUAUGGAAAAUAACAAUAAAUUAUUGUAGUUAAACAACUCUUUGUCACAUCCUUAAAUAAGUGCACAUAUUUGAGACAUGAAAAUUUGGGUAACACGUUAUGCUAAUUUUUGACCUAAUUAAUUUCCUUUCAGAAUAGAGGUCUGAAAGGUGACAUGUUUUAAGGGAGAAAAAUCAUUUUCAGCACUGUUAUUUUCUUUUUCUCUCUUUUAUGUUCCUUUAGUUCCCUUAUAAGUCAACUUCAAAAACUUCAAUCACUUAUAGCAGCCAAAGUUCCUCGUGCAGUUACAGCAAGAUCAACACAAACAAGCACCUGCUUAAUGGUGAGAAAUAUAAUCUUCAAUUACAUUCAAUAGCCUUUACAGUCAAAACAUACCAAGCAUCUUUUCGGCUGACUCUGCUCCAAAGUUUUCUUUUUUGCACUUACCGUGGGGUAUAUACUACUUAUUAACUGAAAGUGAGGUCAUCACAUUAUUAUACACUGUAACAUGGCUGUCCAUGGGGACAUCCACCAUCAAGUGAAACGCAGAUUGUAUAGCCUUGGACACCUACAUGUAGCUAGUAAUGCCAGGUCAUUACAAGAAAAUAAUGCCCAGUCAUUACAAGAAAACAGCCAAUCAGAGCACACAUACUGUUGUAGCUAUAUAAUAAUACUGUUAAUACACAUUUUACUCUCUUGGUUGAAUAUUAUUAAAAAAACCACAGUCUGUUUUUAGUCCAGUACAGUAUACCAGUUUUUGUACAUGUAUAGUAAAUUAAUACUUGGCCUUGAGGCUAGGGGGAGUAAAAGAAAAAAAAAAUCUCUCGAGGUGAGGGGAUGAAUGGUUUAUUUUUUUGUUCUAUUCCCUAAAGCCUCAGAGCCAAGUUUGAAUUUUUGUUUUGAAUUUCAGAGCUCAAAAUAAUUUUCGGACAGUGGCCAGACAUGAUGACCGGCCGAAUAAAUUUUUCCUUGGUCAAGUCUUUUUUCUGGCUGGUCAAAAAUAUUGGGAAAAAAGUCAACCUAUCCUUUCGUAAUUUUCUAUUAAUUUGGGAACAUAAUUGUAUUUUACAAAGUUGGCUGUUUGUUCGUCUGUGUGACCGGUCAACAUGACUGGUGAGUGAAGCUUUUGGCCAGUCAAAUUGCCAUUCAGCCCGGACAUUGUCCGUUGACCAGCCAUUAUUUUGAGCACUGAAUUGGGAUCUGUUUUAAUGUGGCUAAAUGUAAUUUAGGCGAGGUUAAACACGAGACAAUGCUGGCCAGUGGUCUCCACCACUAAUCGUAUGUGGGGCGGUCUUGGGACUUGGUAGGGACUUAGUGAUUUUACAGGGCUGUUGCAGGAGUCAAUCAUUUUGCUCACGUUGCUUUUGCGUGCAGUAGUUAUGGUUGUUUUUUGUUUACUAGGAAAUCCAACAAACGUGUCUUAACUUGUUGUACAGGUAUAGCUACAUUUAAAAGAUCUAAUAAUUAGAUCUUUUAAAUGUAGAAUAAUAAUAAUAUCAAUAAUAUCAAUUAAUAAUAUCAAUUAUUGAUAUUAUUCCUGCUGUUAAUGGUAUGCUUUUGUGAUGCAGGUUGUGGUGCUUUGCUUUGCUGUGUUCCUGGGCAGUUGGAGCCCUCUUUCAAGUACAGGCAUCAAUCUUCCAUCGUUAAGUGCCUCAUCAAGUAAAGGCGCAGUUGAUUACAGCACACCCUCAGGUAAGAAAAAAAUUCCUUCAUCAUCAAAACGAAAUGUAAACACUAUAAUGCAGCAGUAAUAGAUCAUUAGGCAGUGUAAAUUCAUUCACUUGGUUAGAAAUGAAUGAUCUGACAAUAGAGGUUGUUAGAAAAUUCCUAGAUGACUUCUGAGAAAGGGCAGAUUGUCCUUCAAGUUUUCUUGAACAAAUUGAGCAAGGAUUUGAAAUUGGCUCAAGAGUUACUUGGGGCCUGUUUUCUAUGCACCCUUUCGACUAUAACAGUUCAUGUAACUGGAACCAUAAAAUUUCAAACUGUGAAGUUGACUUACCUACUUCUUAUAAACUUCCUGUCAACACUUAGGAAGAUGACAGGAUGAAAACUGACCCCGUAAGUCUUGAUCACUCAUAAAACUUUCUAGGUCUUUAAUAUUCUCCAGACCAGUAUCCCUCAGCAGUCUGUUAAUGUAUGUAGUUGUUGGGCUUCCUCAUUCGCCCUCCUUGCCAAGUGUAGGUCAUGUAGGCACACAUGGAGAGUGCUGUGCUGGAGAGUGAAGAUAGCAUUACAUGCACCAAUGUUUGUUAUUAUUUUUCCCAAGUGCACUCAAUAUCUUGUAUCAAGUUAAAACGAGGAUUAUUGGAAGUCGAGUUACAAUAUUAUUGACCUAUUUAAGUUUCUAGAGUGUUAUUUUUUACUUUAGUUAACUAUUUUUCAUUUAUCUGGUUUCAGUUCGCUCCAGAGUUUUGUUGUCAGUUGUUGAUGACCUGGACUCUGACGAGUUCAUUGAGCCUUUUCCAGCCAAUAACAUGUUUGAUCCAGUUGAUCAGUUGAUGCCAUCCAUGCCAACCAAGAACAUGGCCGCAGAAAAUCAAACAAAGAAUAUCAUCUCCAUGGAGACAGUUGCCAUGGAACACAGAAAAAAUGAGAGCCAGUUGGUUGCAUCUGCAGCUUGAAAGACUUUCCCAGUGUUUCUAAUACCAAACUCUAGUUAGUAGUAAAAAUGUAUUAGUAUUGUAAUGUGCAUUCAGUAUUUUUAAUUUGCUGAGGUAUUUGUUAUCUAUCAGCUCUGAUAUGAGUAGACAAAAAACUUGGGUGCUACACCCUCAAAUUUGCAUUAGAAUAUUGGUACAAUUUUAUUAGCAUAACUAGAAGCGUCAAACUCGAUAUAUGUCGGUUUUGAAAGGUGACUCAGGGCUUCAGCUAUUAUAAACCAUCUGCCAGUAGAAUUCUCAGGUUCCCCUUGAAAUUGUUACCAAUAUUAAUUACAAUAGAAUUAUGACAAAGGGUAUUUCAGUAGGGAUAAUAAUUAUUUGUAGUUAAAAAAAUAUUUUAUAUUUUAUAAACGAGUUGUGUCAGGUUAUGAGAGAAUGAAGGACCCAAAGACUUAACACGAACUUCAAGAAUAUGUAUAAAAAUUCGCCUCCACAAAUCAUUUCCUGUCUCCUUGUAUUUUCUCUUAACAUGUACAAAUGUCCUUCAAACCCAGUCACACAUUUUGUAACGUAUUUACCGCAAUAAUAUUAAUGCAUUUUAGACUUGGUUUCCUUAACAGAUAAGGUGGCUGACAACGGAGUACGACCUUGGAGCUCUGUCGUACUCACAAGGGCUCAAUUUUCAAUAUCGAAUGCUUAAAUUAUAAUACAUGUAUUUAUACGUAUAAGUUAAGAAAAAUUAUAAAUUCUAAUUGAGUUCGAAUUGUUGCGUUGAUAGCCAAAUGCAGUAUCGCUCCAAGGUGGCCUUAACCUAUCAAAUUUCUUGCCGAGAACAGGGUCUUUAAACAGGUUCUUCAGAGAGUUCACAGUAUAUUUUUCAAGUGCGGUGUAUUUCUAGCUAAUAAAUGGUACCUUUUGUUUAGAAACGUUUUUAGGAUUAGUAGUAGUACAUUAGGAAGUUAGAGUUUCGUUACUUGAAGGCGACAUCAAGUAAUACGAAAAAUCAUGUAAAUAGACUGUACAAACGCGCUAGGGAUUGCGUUGAACCAAAGCAGAGUUACCCAACUAUUUUAAAACGGUCCUUUUUACAAGUGUAGUACAGGUUGUGUCACUAAUUUUAAUGGGUUUUGUAUAUUAAUCGCUUAAUACAUUUGAAUUCGGUCCAUGAAGCUAUUUGAAAAAUUAAAGUAGCUUUCUAGGUGACGAAAUUGUUCUGACAGGGACACAGCUGGCCCAGGCUCGGUGCACAAAUUACCGAGAAUUUCGAUACUGUUUUGUAUAUUACGAACGAUUUAAAGACUUUGUAUAAGAAAUUCAAUACAGUUGUUAAAAACGUAGAAAU